AUGCGACGCUACAUCGUCGUGAUUAUGACCUUCCUGGGAAUCUUCAGCAUUUAUUCCAAUCGCGUUUGUCUCAACGUCGCGAUCGUGGCGAUGACGCAGAAAUUCAACGUCACUCUCGAGAAUGGAACUGUGAUUGAGGAUCAGCACUUUGACUGGGAUUCUAAACAGCGAGGACUUGUCCUCAGUUCAUUCUACUACGGAUACAUCUGGACUCAGAUUAUAGGCGGUGUUUUAGCUUCGAAGUUCGGUGGAUAUUACGUUUUCGUAUUUGGAGUCAUUGGAUCGUGCUUGAUGGCUCUCAUUACGCCCGUGGCUGCAUCUGCAAGCAUAUAUCUGCUGGUAACUGUGCGAAUCAUCGAAGGUCUGGUGGAAGCGGUGAUCAUGCCAUCGAUGCACGCGAUCCUCAGUCGAUGGGCUCCUGUCUAUGAGCGCUCCAGGAUGGCUAGUUUCUGCAUCAUGGGCUGCUACGGAGGAACCAUAGUUGCGAUGCCCGUGGCGGGUGUGAUUGCUUCAAAUGUCGGCUGGCAGUACAUUUUCUACGUCUUCGGCGGUCUGGGUUCAAUUUGGUGUGUUUUCUGGGUCCUCUUCAUCAGACCCAUUCCCGAUAAAGACACUUUCAUAACCGACGAAGAAGUUACUUACAUAGUCAAGAGCAUUGGCAAUGAAGCUGAGGAGAGGAAGAAGAUUAUUCAUCCCUGGAAGAGCAUUUUGACUUCAAUUGCUGUGUGGGCAAUUAUUAUAUCGCAAUUUGCGGAAAAUUGGUCAUUCAUCACGUUGCUCACUCAAUUGCCAACCUUCCUCAGUGACGUUAUUGGGUUGAAUGUGCAAAUCUUGGGAGUUGUCUCGGCAAUUCCUUACUUAACCCGAAGCUGUUUCCUCUCGAUCGGAGGUUAUCUGGCUGAUUGGUGUCAAAUAAAAGGAUAUUUGACUACAAGACAAGUUCGACGGUACUUUAGCUGUGGAGGCUUUGUCGCUCUUUGUGCUUCGGUUCUUUUGGCGACUUUCCUGGACAAUUCAGUCGCCGUUGUGCUUUUCCUCACCCUAACAGUGGCCUUUGGAGGAAUUGCCUGCAUUGGACAUAUGAUCAAUGCAUUGGAUUUAGCGCCAAACCAUGCUUCAGUCAUCUUCGGAUUGUCCAACUCUGUUGCGACUAUUGGCGGCAUAACGAGUCCUUUAUUGACUGGAGAAAUUGUGACUGAAGGAACCAAAGAACAGUGGCAAAUUGUCUUCCUCGUGAUCGUGGGAAUGAAUGUGAUUGGAUGCAUUUUCUACUGGUUUUUCGCCAGAGGAGAAUUGCAACCUUGGGCAAAUUCACCUGUUGAGUCGAGGAAAUCUAUGCAGAUGGAAAAUUCUGAAAAGAAUAUAUGA